AUGGAGCCAGACAUGGACGUUGCGACGAUGAACAAGAUUGCCAACGAAGAGUACAAGCACUGGAAGAAGAACUCGCCCUUGCUGUACGACCUUGUCAUCACACACGCCCUGCCGUGGCCAACGCUCACUGUCCAAUGGUUUCCUGACGUCGAGACGCCAGCUGGGAAAGACUACCACCUCCACCGACUGCUUGUGGGCACAAACACGAGCGAUGCAGCGCCCAAUCUGGUCAAGAUAUUGACGGUACAAGUGCCAAAGGCGAACGAGGAGCUCAAGGAAGCAGAGUAUGACACCGAAAAGGGAGAGAUUGGGAGCUAUUCUUCGACAGAGGCGAGAAUAAAGACGGUCCAGUCGAUUCCCCACGAGGGGGAAGUCAACAGGGCGAGGUACAUGCCUCAGAAUGCCGACCUGAUCGCUACAAAGACCGUCAUGGGCGAAGUCUACGUCUUUGAUCGGACAAAACACCCCAGCCAGCCUGCAGAUGAUGCCGAAUGCAAGCCUGAUAUCACCCUCAGAGGGCAUACCAAGGAAGGAUACGGUAUCUCCUGGAGUCCGACGGUCGAUAAGCAGGGUCACAUUCUCUCGGCCUCUGAGGAUACGACGGUCUGUCACUGGGACAUCCGCGGCUACACCAAGAAGCAUACCACACUAGAUCCGCUGACUAUCUACAGGGGUCACACGGCCUUUGUCGAGGACGUCGCGUGGCAUCAAACGUACUCAAACGUAUUUGCAUCUGUAGGCGACGACAAGCAAUUACUCUUGUGGGACACACGAGGCAGUGGGACUGGCCCUGUGAAGCCGACUAGCAAAGUCGAGGCUCACUCUGGAUUCGUCAAUGCUGUCGCUUUCAGCCCUCACAGCGAGACUGUGCUUCUGACCGGCUCAUCUGACAAGACUAUUGCGCUAUGGGACACGAGAAACCUGAAGCUCAAAUUACACUCGUUCGAAGCACACGAAGACGACGUGCUACAGCUCGCAUGGUCACCGCACAGCGAGACCGUCUUUGCAUCGGGAUCUUCAGAUCGGCGCAUCAAUGUCUGGGAUGUGUCCCGUAUCGGGUGCGAGCAAGUGCCCGAGGAUGCAGCGGACGGGCCACCCGAGCUCAUGUUCGUCCAUGGCGGUCACACUUCACAAGUCACCGAUCUCGCUUGGUCGCCUUCCACUGCAGGUAUCUGGCACCUCGCCAGUGCUGCAGAAGACAAUGUGCUUCAGAUCUGGUCGCCCUCCAAAGCGAUCUAUGCGGCUGAUAUCAUGCCCAUCGCCGUCGACGAUCUGGAAUGA